AUGCAGAAUUCAAAACGGGAUGUCUACCUAGGAGCAUAUCUGAAUGAUGCACAUUGGCAAAUGGUCAUCCUUUUGCCUAAGGAAAAUCUUGUCGUCUGGUUUUGUUCCUUGCAUAAUAGGCUAGACAACUACUUGAAAGGAAUAAUUAACAGUGCUUUGAAAGGACUUGACGAUACUCCACAACCUAAAUCCAAGGUUGGUGCUAGGUGGAUUGUUGUUAAAUGUAAUCGAAAAAAAGGAAGCAUUGAGUGUGGCUAUUAUGUGAUGCACUGGAUGUCAACUAUAAUCUUAGGAAGUUUCAAGAAUAAUUGGGAAAUGUAUUUUAAUGAUGUUAGACCAUUGGAAGCAGAGAGAUUGAAUGCACUUCGCAUCCAAUGGGCAAAGUAUUAUCUCAAAGUGAACCUUGGAGCACGCAAUGCUACACCCGGUCCGCAGGAUCUAACCCCAAACUAG